AUUAUUGACAGUGGAACGUUUUCCGUUGGAAUUAGUUCUCUUAUUUUACACUGAGUGUGGAAUGGGGAAACACUAUGGCGGUAUAUUUGCUGAUGUUUUUUAUAAUUAUCCUUUGCCUUACAGAGCGUUCUGGUAAAGUAGAAAUUCUGUGCCUGUAUAAACUAUUACUUAGUUAAAACGCCGGUGUCGGGCGGUUUUAUUAAGUUUACGCCAUUUUCGCUUUAGUGGCUUAGUGCUUUCGAGUCUAUCUGCUAUAGGCCCGGCACACUGAGCUAACCCUGCAAUUGGAAUACGAAGUAUAAUUUCUCCUCGUAUGAAUUUUGCAGUGUUUGGAUGAUUUGAAGCAUGAUAAUUGAUGUGAAUUAUUAGCCCAUAAUCGUUGUGGCUUACGAGUUGAUUCGAUAUGCAUGGCUUUAUUGACUGUACCGUGAAUUGUCUAACACGGAAAGAAAAUGUUAUAAUAGUGAAGUAAAUGUAUCUCGGGUAGCCUAUAUAUUCUAAUAGAAGGAGCAUGCAUUAUUCUAGUGAAGUAUUGCUGGAGCAGAAGACUUUGAGUGCCCUGGAACUUCUUAAAUUGGCGAUUGGUAAUCAACAGCUUUUAGACAACUACUUGUGCCACAAUGUCAGGUCUAGUAGCGAAAAGGCUUACAGUCAAUGGAAAGCUUCUAUCGACUUUCUCUCAAGCUCGUCAACUAUGCAAUCAGGAAAGUGAAUAACCUUAAGUCCUCACCAUUUGAAUUAGCCUACAUUUUUUUGCCUUUCUGAUCACAAUUACGAAAGAACAAACACCAAAAUAGAGAAAUUUUGUGACACGUUUACGGUUCACGGCACUCGUGAUAUUCGGUUUGAAAUUAGGGAUCAUUGGAGAAUAAGCAGCGCCAAUGUUGAAGAGACAGGAACGUCACAAUGAAGGAACUCUAAUAGCUUUUAUAACAACAAAUCGCUUUCACAACAAGAUGGACGCGAUACGAACACACGAGGAGACCUAAAAGGUCUGAACCGAGACGAAAGAUUUAGUGCCAUAACGUAGGGCACUGGUUGGUUACAAACGGACUAUAGGCUAACAGUCACUGCAUGAUAAAACCAAUCACUGCAGGAUACCACCCGUACCAAACCAAACGCUAUUUUAAACGUAUUUUCUAUAUAUAUUUUGAAAACCGUUUUAUUGUAUUUGAUAACUACAUUUAUCUGAUGGGUACCAAAUUAUAUUUUAUUGGUGUUUUUUCUGCUUUUAUUGGUGUUUGAAGCUGCUUUUAAUGAUGUUUUAUCUUACUUUUAUUGUUAUUUUAACCUGUCUUCAAUUGUGUCUUAACCUGCUUUUAUUGGUGUUUUAACCUGUUUCUUAACCUGCUUUUAACUACUACGGUGGCCCAAAAAGGCAAUACACAAAUAUAUAUUUUACUACUGCAAUCUAUAUCUUAGUACACAAGCAUAUACAUCGGUUGUGUGAGUAUAUAUAUCAGUACAUAGAGAAUAUUACACGGUGGGAGAAGAUAUGAAUUUUAUGUUCGAGUGGCAAGAACAAUAUCUCACGAGUGAGCGCAGCGAACGAGUGAGAUAUUGCUCUUGCCACGAGAACAUAAAAUUCAUAUCUUCGAGCUAACGUGUAAUAUUCUUUUUAUUAUAUAAACAUACUGAUGACGGCGUUUUUGAUGAUUUUCCGAAGAUUUCCGAUCACCUUCCGAAGAUUUCCGAAGAUUUUCAAAUUGUCCCGAAGACCAGACGAACGUUCCCGAACAUUUUCCGAAAAAUUCCGAAGAUGUCCGAAGAUUGCCGAGCACUUUCGAGGAAGACCCGAAGAUGUUUCGAUGAUACACCAACGAAUUUAAAUACAAUUUAAGAGACAAACCGGAUGUCAGUGAAAUUAUCGAUAUCUUCACAUUUAAAAAUAUCGUAUUUUUACGUGUGUUCAGAUACCACAUUUCUCGGUGGUAGAAAUCCUUGUAAAACACUGCAGUUUAUUUAUUAUAUACAUACUGAGAAAUACUCACCAAAAAGCUACGUCGUAAAUUUUCGUACGCAAAUUAGUUCUAGCCAAUCAGAGGAGCGAACGAUGGUUUUCACACGUGAAAAAAAUGAUACGUCCAAUCAGAAUCGCGAACGAUGUUUUUUCACGUGUGAGAAAAAUGAUACGUCCAAUCAGAAGCCACAGAGGUGUGUGAGUUUCGCGCCAAAAUUCCCGCCUUUUAUUGCAGCUUGCAGCGCCGCUUCGCACACAUUCAGCGAGAAAAGUUUUACUCAAAGAGUUUUUCUCGCUAAAAAAGCGAAAAACAUUUCGGAAAUGGAGUGGAAUAGUUUCGUUUGUUUCACUGUCGAUAAAGAAAACGGUAGAGAGCCGGCGAAACAACAGCGGAAAAGGAUAAACAGAACGAGACGUAAGCUUUUGUUGUGCUUUUUGUCUGAGCUACUUUGCCUUUCAUUUAAGCUUAAGUUUAUAUUGAAACCGGCCAUUUUACUUAAAUUUACUCAUUUUUAAUUGUGCAUUGAGAACGAACAGUUAAGAUUACUUAUAGUUCUUGGAUUACCUCAUAUCCUCACCGUCACUUAUGUUUUUAACAAACGUUUUUACUAAAAAGCUGAUACUUCGUUGUCGUUGUGAUUUUGCGGUGAGUGUGUAGCGGCAAAUUUUAGCAUUUUUGAAAGAUUUAAAAUAAAAAGACCGCCAAAAUGAUGAAUGUCUCAGUAUGUAUAUAAUAAACACAAUACCACAUGGAAAGUGCUUUGUACGGUAUUUACGCACUCGUUGUUUUUGUAUCAGAAAUCUUACUCGUUCGCUACGCUCACUCGUUCGAUUUCUGAUACGUCAACAACUCGUGCGUAAAUACCGUACGGCAGCACUUUCCAUGAAGUAUUCUCUAUAUAAUAAAAUAAAAUAUACACCAGUACAACAAUAUGCAUCCCAGUACAGAAAUGUUACUUUCAGUACAAAAAUAUAAACUCCAGUACAGCAUGAUAUCUCCAAAUUCUUAGAGGACAAAUAACAGCUCUCAGUACAAAAACAUACACGUUUCAUUCAUUCGUUUCCGCACAUUUACGUUGGAAAGUGACGAAGACAAAGUCAAAAUGGAUAAAGUGCUGGAGCAUUUUGACAAUUACUGUGAGCCUCGUAAGAAUACAAUUUACGAGAGGUAUUUAUUCUUUUCGCGUGGGCAGGAUAGUGGAGAGUCCAUUGAUAAAUAUGCCAGUUCUACGAGACAUGACAGACUCUUGUGAAUUUCAAGAUUGGAAAGACUCCUUGAUACGUCACUGCAUCGUGUUUGGAAUUGCUGAUAACAACGUGAGAGAAAGUUUGUUGUGAGUCCCAGAUUCAACGAUGAAUGAAACUCUAGAAAUUGCACGAGCUACCGAAGCAACCCAAAGCCAAUUGAAACAAAUGCAAAACAUGCACGAGGUUAACGCAGAGGGAAGAAGAAAGGAAAGUUCUUCUGAAAGAAACAGGAAGAGAAGAAGAACUCAGCAAAUGGUAGUACUCAUUAGAUUGACUGGAAGUUUUGUAUCAGGAAACAUAUACCAGACUUGCAUGUACCAAGUGCUCUGCAUAUGGCUAACAGUGUAACAAGUGUGGAAAAAGCAACCAUUUUGCUGCGAAGUGUACAGGAGGAAAACAGUUCACUUGUAAUUUACAUGUCAAUCAGAAUAUGAAUUAUGUGCAGGAAGAUUCAGAUGAGAGUCAAUGUGAACAGUAUACUAUAAUAACUUAUCAAGUCAGUGCUUUUGAACAAAAGAAGGUAUAGAAGACAUUGUAGAUGACAUACUCUGUGUUGGCGAGGGUGACACCUAUGAAAGUGGGGUUAAGGAUCGUGACAGAACCCUAAUUGCACUCCUGGAGAGAUGUCGUGAGAAGAACUUCAAGUUGAAUCCAAAUAAGUUACAGUUAGUCACAGAAAGCAAGAAGCACCCUACCUUAGUCAUGUACUAACCCCUGAUGGCCUCAAGCCAGAUCCAAGUAAAGUCAAGGCAAUUGUGGCAAUGCCUAUCCCUUCAGACAAGAAGGCCCUACAAAGGCUGCUUGGAAUGAUUACGUAUUUUGCAAAAUUCCUGCUUAACGUAUCUAAUGUGACGGAACGGCUGAGACGUCUGUUAGACAAAGAUGUCCUAUGGCACUGGAACGAGACACACGCGAAAUCACGGAAGCAAGUGAAACAGUUGAUCACAAGUAUUUCGACCACAGUAAAGAUGUAAUUCUUCAGUGCAAUGCAUCAGAAUCCGGACUUGGUGCUGUCACAUUGUAAGAGGGUAAGGCUGUAGCAUUCAUGUCAAGAGCACUUACGAGAACUGAAAGAAAUUAUACUCAAACACAGAUGGGGCUGCUCAGCACAAUUCACGGAUGCACACGUUUUGACCAGUAUGUUUAUGGUAGACCUUCAAUAUAAUGUACAAGCCAGGAAAGAAACUGUUCAUUGACGAUACGCUCAGUCAAACAUUCCUUCCCCAUAAGCCGAGUACAGAAGAGUUGAAGUCGGAGGUGUUAGGAGUCAAGCGUGAAGAAUAUCUAAUCAAAUCUAUUGAAGAAGUCAGCAUGGUCGAGUUUCUGCCAAUCACGAGCGAACGCCUUGCUGAUCUUGGAAGAAAAACUGAACUUGACGAAGGUCUUCAGCUGUUGAAACAUAUUAUAAAGAUUGGUUGGCCAGAAACCAAAGAAGAAAUCAGGUGAUAUUUUGACUUCAGAGGAGAGGUCAGCAUCCAAGAUGGUAUCCUCUUUAAAGCAAAUCGUGUAAUUGUAACUGUAGCCCUAAGGCCCUACAUGAUAAUGCAAGUACACUCAAGCCACCAUGGUAUUGAAAGAUGUGUAAAUAAAACAAAAGAUGUCCUGUUUUGGCAGGCUUCUAAAUGUGAGACAUGUAACGCCUAUCUGACAGACCAACAGAAAGAACCAUUCAUACCGCAUGAUCCACAUAAACGCGCUUGGUCUCAUGUUGCAAGAGACCUUUUCAGUUUUGACAACAAUGAAUGGAUCAUCAUCGUCGACCACUGGUCAGAUUACUAAGAAUUGAACCAAUUAUCUUGUACCAACUCAAGUUCUGUUAUCAAGUCUCUCAAGAACCAGUUCGCUAGUCAUGGCAUACCUGAUACUCUGUAUUCUGACAACGGACCACUGUUUGCUUCCAGAAGGUUAAAAGAAUUGCAUCCGCCUGGCACUUUGACCACCAAACAUCCUCACCACACUAUCCACAAUCGAAUGGCAAGAUAGAAAAUGCUGUAAAGACAGCCAAGAAGUUUCUAAUCAAAGCAAAGGCAAGUGGAUAAGAUCCAUACUUGGCCAUUUUAGACUGGCGCAAUUCACCCACACCCUGUAUUGGAUCAUCACCAGUCCAAAGAUUGUUUGCAAGACGCACAAAGACACUGUUACCUACAGCAUUUACUUUGUUACAGCUAAAGAUCUUGGAGGGGACUGGAGGAAAGCUCAAAGAAAGGAAGAUGAAGCAAGCACUGUUUUACAACAAGGGAACAAACGAGCUACCUGAGCUUCAACCCAAAGACACAGUGCGCAAACCGCUGCCAACAGACAAUGACUAGUUGUGGAGAAAGGAAUCGGUUGUCAAACAAGUAGAGCCUCGUUCCGGCCCACAAGGUAGAUCUCCAAGGAACUGUGCUCAGGAGUAAUAGAAGACACUUGCUAAAGACCAAGGAACCAUCGUCACAUAGGAGUCAUUGAAAAUCAGUAGUUUAGGUCUUAAUUAAUGAAAAGAAGGCAAGAAGUGUUCGUUAAUGGCGUUGAAUCUGAUUUCCUUGAAGUAAGUCUAGAAGUACUCUAAGGGUCGCACGCAGGUCCGGUUCUUUUCCUAGUUUAUAUUUUAAAUGAUAUUGUAAGUGCAACUAAGUACUUUUCAACAUCACUAUAUGCCGAUGAUCCUUCGAUAACUGUGACUGGUAAGGAUUAAGACUUGCUGCCACGAAUAAAUUUUGAAUUGCCAGCCAUUGUUCAAAUAGAUUAUCUCUGAAUUCAAAUAAAACAAAAAACUUGGCUUUCAACCGAGACUAAAAAGACAAUUGUAACUUAUAAAUUCCUCUCAAAUUUGCCGGCCAUUACCUUAAGCAGUCGUGCAGCAUUAAAUAUGAAGGAUUACUUUUUGAUUGCUUUUUUGUAUUUAACAAGGAUUUGGAAAAAUUCUCACCGUAGCUGUUUUAGAUAAAGGUGAAAAUUUGUAAUGAUUAGGGUUACAAUGACAUCCUAGUUGUAAAUGCUAGGUGUCCUGUGCACUAGGCCCAGUCUGCGCCGAGGUGUUGUCAUUCGACACUAGGUCAAACCUCGGCAUACAUGUGCUUUUAUCGCUUGUUAUCAUUACAGAAACGCGCCCAUUCAAAAACGUCGAUCGUGAAAAUGCAAAUAAGUGAAAAAUGACGUUAAUUUAGUGUCAAUCAAGAAAUCCCUUGGGUAUAUCCCUUUCCUGGUUAUUGUUCCUGCUCAGACAUCCGCAACAUUUGCCUAUUCUUCGAUGAAGAAUAGAACUUUACGCGACUAACAAUAGCUCAGUCUGUUUAAAAACUGUCUAAAUUUACUCCGAAUUAGCAUGUGACUUUUUGCUGUUAAACGCUUCAAAAUUGAAAAAUCCUCGAUGAUUGUUGUUGAUUUUGCCGUAAAUAAUUCAUUACACUGACUGAAAAUGAAUUUUUACUUUUUACAAACUUCUUGGUGUUCAAAUCGAUGGAUGAAGUAUGAGCGCAACCGAUGCGUUAAUAGUUUGUUUACAUUUUGUCACGGGUUUUGGAUAAUAUUAUAAACUUUAAAAUUUACGGGCAAAUUCUAGCAAAGUAUAAGGCAAAAUUAAGAGCGAUACUUUCUUUAAGAACGCGAUAACUACAUAUUUAACGGCCAAACCUAAACAGCGAUCUAAUCCGUCUCUUGAAAACAACUACAAUACCGCUUCUGAUAAUAAUAUUUAUAAAUGCUGCAAACAUUUUUAUUCAAUCUUAUCGAGUGAUUUUCGUGAAGAUGAGUUUUUAAGUGAAGAGUACUUUGGUUUCUGAUUAGCUUUAACUAUUUUGCCAUCAAAACGAUUCGCACAAGACUACCGAAUUCGCGAGGGUUUUAUGUUAGUGCACGAGGAAGAAAAAUGCUUCUCUUUGCAUAAACUUGAAGCACUGACAAAGACAUUCCAACACUUAAAACAAUGGCAACCUACUUCUAUUGUUUCUGCAUUGUCUCUUGAAAGUGUGAGAAUAGUUAACCGCUAAGAAGUUCAUAAGAGACCGAAAACGACGGUAGUCUUUGAAACUUCGUGUUUGCUCGCAAAGCCUAAUGGGUACCCCACUUUUCACGGGCGACGUUUUUCAAUGGGCGCGUUUCUGUAAUGUUUUCGCCUUUAUUUCUCGGAUAAGGAUCGUUUAACUAGACUCACAUCGAAGGAAUAGAACAUUACGGAAGCAUUACGGAUAUUUCAGCGGUUUUCAAGGUUACGGAUAGAGACACUUGCUUGUUUGUAAGGAUUUCUUGUACGGUAUUGUAUUCGAACGGUGUGCCGAGCGUAGUUGAUCGGAUCGAAUAAAACGUGGAAUUGACAUCGAAUUGACGGCUGUUACACUAGUUGUCAUAGAAAUGAAAUGACGCCAUCACUUAUUUUAAAGACACUUGUUUAUCGUUGUCAUGGUAAUAUAGAUUUACUUAAAACUAGAUUUUGAUAAAGUCAGUUCAAGGUUACUUAGUGCUGAAAAUUUUAUGGCGCUCGGACAAGGAUAAGGUCACUUUUUAGGCGAUCGAAACAUGCCGGUACGGUCCCCGAAAAACUGUACAAUGUUAUACAAUGUUUACAAUGUUUUGAUAAAAAAAAAUAUAAAAAUCUACAUAUAUGAAAGCUGUGAUAAUCACAGUUGGCACGCAUUUCUUUUGAAAGGAUUAAACGGUUUCAAUUUUCUUUAGGUCAGUGGACACAGCUCGUUUCAAUUUCUAAUUAUCCCCACGCUAAAAGUCCGGCCUACUUCUGUGGUUUUCUUAAACGUGGGACAUUGACAAAUGUAACCCGGAGUUGUUCCCUGUAAAGUAAAUAUUCAGGAGUAAGGGCUGGGAUUUAGUUCUCCAAAUCUUCUCGGAAAACCGCUGCUGCACGAUGUGAACGACUUGUUCCAGUUCUCUGCCGUUACUGUUCAUAACUUCCGUGUCGGCACGAAAAACUAUUCGGUAUAGUGUAAAAUAGCCUAAAGGACAUUCAUUUUUUGAUACCAGUUUCUAAAAUACUUGAACUUGGAAGUUAUAGUUCUUUACUUGUGGAAUAGCAGUUUAUCCAAAAAUGCUAUAAAUACUUAAAAUAAUAGAAAUUUUCGCCUUUUUCUUCAUAAAAUGUUUCAUAUCCACUGGAAAUCCUCUGCCCCAUUCCGCCGGUGUUAAAUAAAGGCCUGUUUUACUUAAUGAGCAACGAUUUCGAAGGUCGAGAUUUCUAUCUAAUAGGAAAACCCCCAAAACGUCGGCCCAACUUUAAUGUUCGUUCAGAAUACGAUGGAGCUUGGCCAAAGGCGUGACCAAGCUAAAUGCAAUGCCUUUUGCCGAAUCUUCGUCGCUUUUUAAACCCACAAAACGUCAGCAUUUUUACCAGAUCAACCCCAACGUUUAAGCUGGUUUGCUUUUCGCCAAGACCAACUGGCGUAAGGUGCAAAUUCAUCCUGACGUCAUAACCAAUUUUUUCGCAUCGAUAGGUUAGUAAUUUCUAUAGUAAUAGAGUCUUUGCCUAAGCUACACAUGCAUUUUUCCUUAUCCUUUUUGUAACUGUCAAAUUGUGAUUUCUCAAUUGUACAUGUAACAAUGCUAAUUGCUUCGCUUUUCAAAAGUUGAAACAGUCAAAUAAAUUUUCUCUCUUCACUGUCUUCGUGCCAAUGCAUUCGGCUUUUUUGGUAUGGCAUUUUUUGGUUAAUUUAAAAUGUCUCAGAUCUUUUACUGUGGUAGUCAUUUCCUAUGCUACUGUUGUAUUUAUUGACGGAGAGUUUACUCCUGUUUUUUCUUUUUUCUUAGAUGGUGCUGCCAGUUUUCAAUCAAAGGCUUCAGAUUCACCAGCAGUUGGCCUGGAAUUUCAUAACAUAACUCUUUCAUGGACCUACUCUCUUGGUGGUACAUUUAUAAGUGCGUCAUUUAGUUUUGUCAAUGUUACCAGUGGAUUGACUGUGGGAAUUGCACAAAAGGUGGCUGGAGGGAGCACCGACAUAUCCCAAGGCUUUAAAGAACGUUUUUUAGCCAGCAUAGCAGAUAGCGAGGCACAUUUAACAAUCCUGAGUGUACAGAGAUCAGGCAAGGGAACAUAUCAAUUUCAAGCUACUGCUACUAACUUUGGAUUCCUAUCAGACUCAGUUGAUGUGGAAGUACAGUGUAAGUUAUUUCUUUAGUUCAUUGCCGUAAACUUUUCUUAACCCUUUGCCUUGACGGUUUAAGAGGAGCACAAAAGUACAAUGUUUAGGGAAAAAGAGAAAGAAAAUGCCAUCGGCGUAAAAAAUAAUUCAUGCCUAGAAAUAUUGGAUACUGCCAGCGUGAACAAAAUAUUGUUACAUAGACAGAAUUAAAACUGAGGUUACCUCCCGGCUUAUUCCAACGCGAAGUCUUAAAUGUUCACCGCCAUUCCUUUAGUAAACACUUUUGCGGCUCACACGAAUAAUGAUGAUACAAUAGAGACCAGUUAUGGCAAUUCCCGAAAACAGCGUCACCCUGAGCUGUCCUAAAACGCUGUUACCAGAACAGUCAAGUCCAAUACUGUCGACAUGAUACGAGUGGAAACUGCGUUUCACAACUUGUACGAGCGGACAAGUUGUCGAGUGGAAAAUGCGUCUCAUUAGUUGACUAGGGACGGCAACUAAGUUGUCGAGUCUUACGAGUGGACAAGUUUUCUCGACCCGAAAGACAGAGUUGUCGAACAGACGAGAAGGAACAAGCGCCCUACACACUGUGUAUGCCACGUUAAGGAACAUUCAAGCGCACUACACACUGUGUAUGCCUCGUUCUGUAAGCAAAUAUCUGGCGUGAGCCACGUUAAGGAACAUUCAAGCGCACUACACACUGUGUAUGCCUCGUUCUGUAAGCAAAUAUCUGGCGUGAGCCACGUGAAGGAACAUUCAAACGCGCUACAAACUGUGUAUGCCUCGUUCCUUAAGCAAAGAUUCGCCAUCAGCCAUGCCGCCAAGGAACAAGCGCUCUACACACUGUAUAUUCAUUGUAUUAUAAUUUUGGAGGCACGGAAGCGUCUAAAUUUCGAACCUGGUUUGUGGCCAAAACUGCAAGACCAAGUUAGAAAAUUUCUAAGUCCCCUCAAUGAUAUGCAUUUGUCCACCCGACAGUUUACUCUGUCAAGUUGACAAGCACAUUCCCCACUGGUACGGCUCGUACGCCUCGACUACCAUUACACGGGGUCUCUUGCCAACAAAACAAGCUAGAAAACUUCUAGGUCCCCUUAAUCAGAUGCAUUUGUCCACUCUACAGUUUACUCUGUCCACUCGUAUGAUGUCGACAGUACUGGACAACCCUCUACCAGGAACACUUAGAACUAUGUGUCACAUUUGUUCACUGCAAUGUUUCACCCAUUGAAGCCUCACUUUAAGACUCAGUAAAUCACAUUUCUCUGGACUUUAAAAUCGUUGCUGUUCAAAGGUUUCUUUUUCUCAAAAUUUUGUCCUCUUGGGAACGUAAUAUGAUAUUCAUACACAAAUCUUUAACGUAGUCUUCCCGCAAACUCAAGCUUUUCUACGCCGUUUCCACGAUCUGUCAUUUUUUUGAGGGACCACAAUAGGGGUUUUCAAAUCCCACCUUGCCGCCUAUUUUUUUUCUUAUAUCCCGCUAUCCCUCCAAUUUUUAUGUACGAAUCCCGAUCCCGCCCUAAUUUUGUCACGACUUUCUUGCUUGAACUAUUGAAAUAGACGUUAUAUGAGACUAAUCUUUACGUUCUCUUAAGGUUCUUUAGUGGAUAUAUAAACUAGAAAUAUGGUCAAUUAUUUCUGAGAAUCUUCAUCCAGCUUCACCUGCUGAUAAGCGUGAAAUAAAUCAGUCUGACUAAAUACUUGUCCCCCAUUCUUGUCCCCAGAGCCCUUUGUUUCUUGGUCACGUGGUCUUGAAACGAGGGGAUCUGGAAGCAGCCAUUAUCGGAUGUCAGAAAAUUUACUUCCUGAGCUAUCCCCUAGAGAGUGGCAUCUUUGGAAUGUUUGAAAAUAUAAACGACUCACCCUUAGCUCACUCAACUUGGAUCCACGGAUCAUUUAGAGUUAAAAAAGCACAUCAACAAGGAUUCUUACAGAUAUUUUGAAGAAAAAUGUUGAAAAUUCUGAACUUAAGCGAAAUUUAGGCUCUAAACGUUUGAGAGAGUGGACUUCGCGAUCGAUACGAUCCAAAAUAAACAUGUCAAAAAUCCUCGAUUGCUAACGUAAUUCUACUACUACUUCUUCUUCUACUACUACCACUACCACUACCACUACCACUACCACUACUACUACUAUACAGAAUAAUAGUAACUACAUCCGUCAUACUAGCAAAAACCUAACGACUUACAUAAUGUUUCUCAUAAAUCAUUUACUAUUUACAUUAUGCACCUAAAAAUGUUAAAACUAUAAGAUCUUAAAAACUAUAAAUACUACGCGUAACCAUAGCUAUGAAACCUUAUCAAGAGAACUGAUGUGGUUAAAAUUGGGCGCUUGCUGCCCCUACUCUUUUAAUUGCAGAACAAUUAUUUUUGAAUGCAUUUAGGUCUGGACAUCGCCUUACAUUUGCCGGUAGGGCAUUGAAUAAAGUAGCAAGUUCUGGAAAGUGCCCUUAACUAAACAAAUUUCUAUUAGAGGUGCAUUACUAGAGCGCAGUGAACGCCGGUUGGGGAUUGUGCCUUGGCAGUUGCAAGUAUUCAAUCCAAACUUCACUAAAAAGAGCUCGAUGUCCAAGCUUAAGAAUGUUUAAUUGAGUGUUUUCUAGCGUAGGUAGCCAGCCGAGCUCAUUGACGUCGCUUUCUGAGAAAAACCGAUUCGAGACAAAACCAGCAGUAGCAUUCUGAACGUGUUGCACUCUUUUCUGCAGCAGUGCGGGAAGUGGAUUACUGAUGGAGUCAUUUAAGGUAAGUUUGGAUAGCAUGAGGCCUUGAACAAAGAGUCUGUCUUAUUCUUGAUCUUUCUCAGAGUGGCUAGCACUUUAUGUAGCAUGAUAAUCUUACCACAUCUAUAUGUUCUGUCUAUUUAAGGUCCUCACUAAGCCAAGUUCAUAACAACUUAAAUUUCUCUUUCCUGUCAACUGUCUUAUCUUUCAAGGUGAGAAGUGGAGUGUAUCCGUCAAGAUUAUGCUCUUUAGAUAUCUGCUUGGUGGUAGUAAUCAUCUGUUAGGUCUUGGUCUCAUUCAUUAGCUGGUUACUAUACAGGUUACUACCACGAUUCGAUGCUGCUGAGGGCCUUUUUCAUCUUCUUUCUUCUGUGUCAACACAGACAUCGUAGUCUUUGGGAGUGGCGUAAUGGUGCACCGUUGUGUCGUCGGCGUACUGAAAGCAGGAAGAGCCAUCGUGUCAGCAAUCUUGCAUGUCACUGGCGUAAAGGUUGAGAACAGGUCCACGAAUUGAGCCCUGUGAACUCCCAAUGGGGCGUUUGCAAGACUAGAUUGCCUGUCAUUGACUUGUGAAAACUGUCGACGCUUAGUCAAGUAGUUCAAGAACCACAGAAGAGCUGCCUUGAACAUUCCAAUUCCAAUUUCAAUAGCCCCGGGCUAUCGGACACGACUUUCUUUGCACACUCCUUUGUGCACCGCCAUCAGUGAUCAAAAGAAAUAAAGGCUUAUAACAGAAAAUUAUCUUGACCUUAGUAUAGCAAAGGCGAUGUACUUUAAGCAGAAAAUACAAUAAUUACUAGCACAUUGUAAAAAACGUAACGUACAUAUCAUUUUUGUAAUGUAGUCGGUUCUUGUAGUCGGAUCUUGACUUCUUUUCCUGCAGCAGGACUGACGAAGAUCCAGACGAAUAAGACAGAGUGAUUAGACUUAAUAACACCACACAAGUGUGGAUUCUUCGAUGUUUAUCUUUUAAUAUAUGUGACCAAGGGCUCACUAAUCAUUUCUCCUCCUUUCACUUUCUCCGGAUGUGACAGUCGACACAGAGGCAAAGUUUGGGGCAGAACGAAGGCAAUACCUUCUUUACCAAGAGUAGUAGGGGAGGGACCGGUUACUCCGUUUUUUUGCGCAGGAAUCUCAUUAGCGUGCGCAAGAAUACAUUAACUAGGUGACGUCAUAGGCUAUUGUCUUGAUCUCAUGAAUAAAAUGCGCAGGAAUCUCAUUAACUUGCGGUGGAAUCUCAUUAAUUAUAUCCAGUUUGACGGGUUUAUCAAUGAUGUCAUGUUCUAUUUUUAUCUUGUAGCGGUCCUGGUUGGUAUAACCGGUUUGACCGGUUUUAGUUAUUUUCGGAAGAUGAUGUCAUAUGUAUUCCGGGGUACUAUGAUGUCAUAGUUGUUUUGAUUGGUUGACUGGAAUUAGAAAGACGCUCAUUGGCUGUCUCGUUUGACGAAGCAUUCUGGUUGGUUGCCGUAUUUUUUAUUGUUUGAACGGCAUAAAAGCCUGCUCACUGCCUUCCUUAAUUAAAUCCGCAAAGAACCGGCGUAAAACAUCCCUCCUGCACUACUGUGCUUAGUGAAGAACUUGCGAGGAUUUCAAAUGCAUUAAAUCUUCGAUUUCAAUUGCCGGUUCGUGUUUUACCUUUUCUUUUUCUUUGCCAUUUAGUAUCUCGUUUGAUCUUUUGAGCCUUGGCCUGAUAGAGAGCUUCAGGCCUUUGUUAAGUGGCCGUGCAUUCAAGUACCUUUCAAUGGCGUGCAGAAAACAAAAGAGUGUAGAUUUACUGUAGCAGUCUGAUUUGCCUCUAGCCCCUGUAAAGUCGUCGCAAAAUUACAUCUGGUUGGCCGGACGAUAUUUGUUCCAGCUGUGUGUGUAUUUUUUUCUCCUUACACCAAGCAUAAUUUCGAAAAAAAGAGGUAAUGCGAUUCAAUUUAGGGACAAAGUGUGUCUAACUUAAUAUUGUUUCGUAGCGUAAUUUGUCACAUUUAGAUUUUGGGUUAAGAAUCGCAUUGCCUUGAUGUACUUUUUUUCGCUAGACCGAACAAAUAAAAAACAAAGCAAAAUAAAAACGGAAAUUGUGUCUUUAAAUGUUAUUAAUGACCAAUUUGUGACUUUAUAUUUGUUCCGUUAGAAUGCCUUUGUUCUAAAAUUUACUGAAGCUUGUUGUCUGACAAUUUUGGGAAACGCGUUAGUUGCUUAUUUUCUUUGCUUGUUAGUUCACCUAACAGGUCAUGCCAAGAAAGAAAUUUGGCAGUUCUUCGUUGGUUUCUUCAAUCGGUAAAAUUAGCUAAGGAAACUGUAGUUAAAGGGGAUGACAACUCUGACUCUUCAAAAAAAGUACAUAAUGCUCAUGCCAUCUUAUUUUCGUACGGGCGUGCGUAUAUAAAGAUUUCUUUUCAUAGCGUCUCAAUAGGACUUCCAGGGCAUGAACGCGCGCUAUGCUAUAUCACAGCUUUGGUUUAUUUUUGUGCUCUGUUCUUUUUCAACUUAAAACCCUCAAAAAAGGUAAAUACUGGUACGAGCCACCCUGAGACGUGCUGCAGGGGUGAAAAUAGAAUUUUUCCCCUUGUAUAACAAAGACAAGUGUGACUCAUGCCUAUGGUCGCUUUUACUGGAUCAACCACUGUUAAGUUCAAUUUACAAUAUAUUUAUACUUGUUCUUCAAAAUGUAAUUUUAAAUAUUCUUGUAGUUGUUUUACGUAUCAAUUUUUUUAUUCGUUUCUAUUUUCAGUCGAACCAGAGAAUGUACAAUUGUCAACAAAUAUCACUGUAAACAAAACCUGCCCUGGUAGUCAUUGGAAUUUCACUUGUUUAGUUGGUGCUGCUAAUCCAGAAGUCACAUCCUAUCAGUUGCUUGAAAAUGACAUUGCUGUGGACACAGGCAGUUCAGGAAUGUGGAUCAGAAAACUGUCAAACAGUGGAGAAUUUAUCUACAAAUGCCUGGCAAACAACACAGUCGGCCCUAAAAUAAGUUCAAAUGAAAAGAACAUUACUAUUGCAGGUAAUAAUUUUACCACUAUAUUUUAAUUUCUCCAUAGGACGUUACUGUAUGUUCUGUUUGUAUGCCAUACAAUUUCCCUUUUAAGAGUGGCAGAAAGUGUGAAAUUCAACAAUUUUAAGUUUCCCACCCCUUAAGCCCCCUAUGCUGACAUCCUUUCGACUCCUCACCCAAUCGUCAAAAGGACAUCUGCUUAGGAACCUACCACCCCGCAUAGACCUAUGCAAAUGCCUCCGAGGUUUGGAGGAUGGGUGGGCACGCUUAUUGACGAACUGAAUAAGCCAUACUUUCUCAAGCCUAUCAGAUUCCGGUGAAUGGCUUAGAAUGAGAUAAAUGUUCCACUUUUACCGUACGCUUGGCUAAAUCUAUUUAGUAUAUACUAAAACAGUGGAUAGUGUUUUCCGGCGCUGUGAUUGGCUACUCAAUCAGUGAAUAUCCUGCACUAUUCACUGAUUUACCUCCAGUUCCUCCGAGCGAGCGACGCCAAACUCGCGUAGGUUGCGAGCAAAAUGCUUUCCCGGUUUGUUGCCGUAAAAAAACUAAGAAAUUUCACAACUAAUCAGGCAAGCUAUUUCCGAAAUACAUGAAGAAGGUGACGAAGUUCGGUUUGGAAGUUUUAACAGGUAAAGCUUUGUCUUUUUGACUUGAAUAGUUAUCGAUAAAACCGGUGAAAACGUUUUGUGUUUACAAAUGCAAAUUAAGCUUAAGUCUUGCGUUACUUUAUUUAGUUGACUUGUUCAUAAAUAAGUUUAAAACUAAAUUUAAUAAUCUUUUUUACAGAAUUAUUUUAAAUACAACAGAAUUCACAACUCCUUUUGAAGAAACUUCCCCGCAAGAGCUAAACAAACGCCUUCAAAAGUUUUAUUCGUCGCUAAGAAAAAGCGACGACCGCGGCCGUUUGGUCAUCGCGUGCCAAAAUUGUAAUCGUUGGCAACAGUAAAUGAGUAAAAAAUCAUCAUUUUGUGCUCAAUUAUCUCACUGUUUUAGUAUAUACUAAAAGAAUUAUUCACCUCAGUGUCGGUGGCUAGUAGUGGGUAUUUACCUCGCCGCCUCGCGGCCUCGGUAAACAUCUAAUACUAGCCACCUCCACUUCGGUGAAUAAUUGUUAUGUAUUCAUCAAUAAUUGAAUAAGGCUGAAUAUGAUGUGAAGAAUUAAUUGAACACAUUUCUAAGUUCUUAACAAACAUACCUCCUCGCAGUAUCCUUUAAAACUUUGCCCUAUUUCUAGUCACGGUUUCAGGAUGUAAUCAGGUAUUUUUUCCUUGCAGAUACUCCUCAAAACGUAGAUAACAUUCGUCGCGCAGUUCGGUUUAAUUUUAGUCAGAAAUUAAGCUGUCGUUUUUUUAUAUACGUGAACGUCAUUGUUUAGUUAACUCGUUAAAAGACAGCUUGGCGGCUGCGCCUUGAAAUGAGGUUGAUCGAUAGUCUAUUGCCCAAGCAGCCUCCAAAUCUUGCCAGUGCCAUUUGUUUAUGACGAAUUAGCCGAGGGAUUUCAUCCAGUUAGAAACGGCGAAAUAUUUGGACUGAAUAAUAAUACUAGUUAUGCAAUGCUCUCUAGUGCUUUACUAUAAAAUAUCCCACGAGUGACUUGAUUUCCGUCAUCAUACAUACAACGUCUCGUCGAGUGAGUAUGCAAAAAAAAUAUCACAUUGCGAGUAAGGGCCUAAAAGCUCCCCGGCACUUUUUCUCUUUCUUCCCGCCACCCCCUUGCUUUGGACAUAUCAUCCCGAUAACAUAACAACCUUAACAUAACAGUCAGAGAGUAACGACAGAAUAUUUAUAAGCUUGUUUUUUUUUUUUACACUUAACGAUGCGACGAGGCCAUACUUCAUCUCGAUUCCUGAAAAGUUAAAUAAUGCGUAAGUGACAUAAAAUUACGUUAGAAUUGAAAAUAAAAAUCAAACAGACAAAAUUCAGUAAUUACUAGGCUCACCUGAGAUGCUGCCCCUGAAGGCCGCUUAGUGGAGUCAGAGACGCACCAGGUUUCCCCUGCACUCCGCUUUUAAAGCGCCCGCCUGAAUGAACUUUCAGAACCGCAGAUAUCGAUAAAUCCCGUUGAAUUCAUGCGACGCUUUCCUUAAUCUCCUACGCAGGCGUUUUUAGCGUGGAAGGUUACGCUUUCCUAAAAAACAAAAAAAAGACUUCUAAACUGGUUAGCUUUUCGAUUCUCUUCGCCGAGACAAACGCAAGGUGCAUGUCCAAGACUGCCUUUCCCUCCCUUGUAGAGUUUCCCAUCGCCCUCCCUUAGAGAAUUUACGGUCAGGCGGACGAGCAUACGCUGACGUCAUGCAUCCGUGGGGCUACGUGCGGAAGCUCAGUGUAGCUGAUGUGCUUUAUGCUUUUACUUUGACCUUGCUUAGCUUGUUUGCAGGAGAUGAGACCAGCAUUAGAUGGUUAAGUAGUGCGGCCAUAUCUUUUGCUUAUUUAUAUCAUCUUAGUAUUCUUUCAGUUUGUGUAGAUUGUGUGCGGGCGCCCAAUUUUAAUAUGCACGCGUUUUAUUUACUUAUUUAGUUCGUUUAUUUUAAAACACUUUAAAUUUUCCUUGGGCUGUUUUCCUACUUAUAUGCCUUGUCAGUGACUGUGUUCAUAUUAGGGGUGGCUCCUCCUAAAAUAUUCUACCACCAGAUUUAAUGGAUCCAGCCGAAACCAAUUGUAAAUUGCACUUUAGGCAUUCAACUUAUUAACGGUCACGACGAAUAGAUAUUUCGAGUAACAACAACUUGCUGUAAGUCUGCUUUUAAUUUUAGAUCCUGCAUAUGUUGUCAGAAUUGUCCACUCUUCAGACACAGUAAUUGAAGGUAAUUCUUUCAACGUGACAUGUCAGGCCUCUGGUGUUCCAAAGCUAACUGUUUAUUGGAUUAAAGAAGACACUGAUCAGCGCAUUAAUGGCAGCGUACUAAACUUCACCAGCAUCAAUAGAAAUGACAGCGGAACAUACAGAUGUGACGCAGAAAAUGACUGUGGGCAUGACAGCGUGAUCGAAGUUAUCAACGUAUCCUGUAAGUACGAAAAUACACAUGAUCCGACCGAGUAUCAUAACCCACCAAAAAAAUACUUUUUAAGUGUCUCCAUAAAAUUAAAAUUCAUUGUACAUUAGUAUUGAAAAAAAUUACCGAGGAUAAGCUGUGUAAGGACAUAGGAAUUAAAACAUGAGUGCUUUGUGUGAAUAGAAAACAAAGGAAACGGCAUUCUCAUACAUUACAGUAACGUUAGGAGAGAAUGACUUAUACGGACUCCAAAGCGACAUACCUUAGUGCUCUAUUAAGGGAGCUCUCAGGAAAAAAGAAAGAACGUCACCAACACAUGUUUUAUAUAUAUAACCUUAUAUAAGAGUUUUCCGUGACACAGAAAAAUGUUCGCUGACCGUAUUAACUUGUACCCAUAUUAAGAGGGAUUAUUUUAAAGAAAACAUAAUGAGCUUUUCAUCUGGUAAAAAGAAAGUGUCCGUUAUUAUUGUAAUAAUAUUUUAGCACAAAUCAUGAGACUCAGUCAGUGGAGUAAAGUUCAUACGGUGGCAGUGUAGUUUUUUAAGUCAAAGUGAUAAUAUUGUCACUAGACCCUAACCGUGUAUAACUUCGUUAGUGUUGUUGAACAAGUGAAGAGAUUAAGGCUCUAACAAUAAAUGGUAGCCGUAGAGUCUUGAUAAGAAUUGUGUAAAAUAGCUAGACCGGUUAUGGAAAUCUAAGAGGUUUCCUUCUUAAGUUGCGUUAACAAUUAGUUGCUCUUGGGAUUGCGAGCAAAAGAAAGUGUGACUUUGUGGCUGGAAAAGGUCCCUUUUUAUUAGCAAAGAAGGGACGCGUUGUUAGAGAAAGUAAGCAAUUAGAAGUGUAGCAUUUCGAUCCGAUACGCUCGAAUUUGCGUGUUCCUUAGCGGUAACCAAUAGACGCUAAAUGAGCGCAAAUCACGUUUGGUGAGCAAUAUUCACGCGUAGAGCGGGGGAUUUUUUAGUUCAGAAAUAGUGUUAGUGUAAAAGUAUUUCUAACGUUGAAGUCAACAAAGACGCCGCGCAAAGAAAGAUAGGCUCAGUCUCCAGCCUUGGAUGCCUCGAUGCGCUCGCGGUACUCCCAACCCGAGGGCUGGAGGCAGGGGCUAAGUUUUUUGUACACAGGAGAGAGUCAUAAACUCGUCAGCGCGGCUGUUCGAUGUGUCUGACCAUCGUGACGUCACAGCAAAGUGAAGCGUACGACGAGCAGAAUUUUCGAAAAUGGCGGUGUCUUUGUUUUUCGUGCGAAGACUUGAGCUUAUUUUUUCCCUUGAAUAAAGGACCAAUGUGUGAAACUUGCAGCUUGGACCCAAAAUAGUUUACAUCUCACUGAAUCGUUCUUGUGUAACUCAGCUUUUUUGUCAGUCCUACACACAGUCGGUCAGUCCUUGGAUAAUUACAUUCAGUCAGAUAUGAUUUACCUGGACUUUGCUAAGGCCUUUGACACUGUCGAUCACAGCGCUCUUCUGACAAAGCUGAGGCUUUACGGUGUAAAAGAUCAACUGUUCCGUCCGUUCAAGGACUACCUAACUGAGCGCACACAAAGGGUGGUUCUUGAGAAUGCGGCUUCCCAUUGGUCUCCUGUAACCUCUGGCGUUCCGCAGGGGAGCAUUUUAGGCCCCCUGUUGUUAACUUUUUUCAUAAAUGACCUGCCGGACGAAGCUGCUUACGGCGUGAAGGUUGCACUCUACGCCGACGACACCAAACUAUACCGAAAUGUUUCGUCUGCAUAACACUGUGACCUCAUACAAGACACUCUCUAAUUUGCACGUCUGGUCGCAGCGCAAUAAUAUUAGAUUUUACACGUCCAAAUGUAAAGUACUAACCGUGACUAGGAAAACGACUCCGAUUGCUUUUGACUACACCCUUGAUGGCACAGCCCUGACACGCGUUUCAGAAGAAAAUCAUCUUGGCGUCAUCAUAACUAGGACGCUCUCUUGGGACUCACACAUCCACACUAUCACUGCGAAAGCAGAUAAGCUUCUUGGUUUGCUUAAACGGACUUGUCCCCUCCUUAUAGGCGUCUCUGUUAGGCGCUCACUUUAUUUGUCUUUGGUCAAGUCACAGCUGUGUUACGCCACCCAAGUCUGGUCACCCGCUUACGUUACUCUGAAUGCUAAGGUGAAACAGGUGCAGAGACGUGCAAGCAGGUGGAUUUUACGCACGCUUAGAGACGAGUCGUCGUACAAAGAGCGGCUGACUUUGCUAUACUUACUUCCACUUUCUCUAGAUCGUGAACUUAAAGAUUUGAUCUUUUUAGUAAGAACAAUUACAACACGGACUUUGUUAGACGGAACACUCACAGUAACACUGAUUCCAACACUCAGACCAACUCUGGCCCUGUUACGACAGCGACUAUACCGUACGUUAGAGGCACCUCUGAAACUAUUGCACGUAUGUUACAACCUUACAAUAUACGUGUUGCACUCAAACCGAUAACCACUUUAAGGCAACUGCUUACUAAUGUCAAGGACAAAGACAAACCGGAGGACAGACGGGGAGCAGUAUACAAGAUCAAAUUCUGCGACUGCCAGGCUUCUCACAUUGGUGAAACCGGCAGAAACCACCCGACUGACCGAACACAAACGCGCGACGAGGAAUCGUGACGUCAACAAUCACAUUGCUGAGCACCAUUUAAAGACGAAACAUCAAAUUGACUGGGACUCUGCGACAUGUAUAACGUAUUGAACAGACUACUAUCAACGUCGUACUUUAGAAAGCUGGCUUACUAACUUAGAACAAACUCCAGUGAAUCGUAGCCAACAGUUACCAGCGCCGUGCAAAAGACUUAUUGACGAGAUCAAGCAAAACUAACUACGAGAGAACGACUGGAGAACUGACAAUUUGACUGACAAUAGACGACUGUUUAACUGUGACAAUAGAGACCUUAAGAUUUGAGGACAGCGUCUUCUUCUAGGACGUCACGGCAUAUAAAGGCCUGGGGCGAGAACGCCGUUCUUUGCGCGGGAACUUAGACUUAAGAAAAGAUAAACAAGACGCAAACUUUCUCCAGCGCGUUGGUCGAGAAUGGUGUCCUUCAGGAAAGCGCGGGACGAGCUUCUUGUAAGUUUUUGCGAGGAAAUCAUCAAUGAGGAUGAGUUUCUCUUGUUGUAUGAUGUUAACAAGUCGAAAAAUCCAGAGUAUCUUUAUUGGAAUAAUGACAGAUUUACGUUGCAAGACAAAAGUGAGGCUGAGUGGAAGACACAUUUUCGUUUCGAAAAAUACGACAUUCCUCUCUUGGUUGAUGUUCUUGGCUUACCUGACGAAAGAAAGUGUAAACAAGGAACAAUCUGUAACAGUACUGAAGGAUUAUGCAUCGUUCUCAAGCGGUUGGCAUACCCUUGUCGCUUCAGCGACCUCAGAAGCAUUUUCGGCAGACCUGUCCAUGAAAUCUCCAUGAUAAGUAAUACAGUCAUUGCUUUGAUAUUUGAGCAUCAUGGUCGUCGGAUACCAGAGUGGAAUCACACUAUUUUAAAUCACCAUGCACUACAGACAUAUGCUGAAGCUGUUUCAGAUAACGGUGCGGCGCUCGAAAUUGCUUCGGCUUUGUGGAUGGUACAGUUCGUCCAAUUUGUCGCCCAAACACCAAUCAAAGAAUUGUUUGCAAUGGGCACAAUAGGGUGCAUGGACUAAUUGCCAAUCCUUACGGUCCUGUUGGUAAGUGUGUUUAUGUAUAGAUGUAUAGCUGUAUCGUUCAAUUUUAUUUAUAUUUAUAAACAAUCAGUUAUAUAAAGAAGCUUUAGCAGUGGUCUCUACUGUUAUGACUCUGCAGGAAAACCUACUGGAGACCUGGAUCACAGUACGUCUUUUACAUACUUCUCAUUUGUUGUCAUAUACAAUCAGUAAACAGUAAAAUAGCAAACAUGUGAGGACCACAAUGAAACAGGCAGGAAUCCCAUAACACGGGGUCAUCUUUUGUAGCCAAACAGUACAACAGUAAAGAUAAAAAGAAUGGCUGGUUUUAUCAACAAUUAUUAAUAAUUUUCACCCCCUAAUUGUACAAACCUUUACUAUUUCCAGAGGGCAGAAAGCAUGACGCCGGAAUGCUACGAAACUCAGGACUGUACCAUGAUCUCCAAAGAUUUGCUUUCUCCCCAACUGGGCAGCCUUUGUGUAUAUGUAGAGACCCGGCAUAUCCUCUUCGCAUACACCUGCAAGCUCCAUUUCGGAAUGGAAUCUUGACUCCCCCAAUGCAGCAGUUUAACAGUUCCAUGAGCCUAGUGAGAAGCUCAGUGGAGUGGUUGUUUGAGGACAUCAUUAAUUAUUUUUUUUCUUUCUCGAUUUUAAGAAAAACUUAAAAAUAGGGCUCAGCCAAAUAGGUAAAAUGAACAUUGUUUGUGCCCUUUUAAGGAAUGCCUUUACAUGCCUUUAUGGUAAUACUACUUCCCAGUAUUUUGAUUUGGACCCACCCACGUUGCAAGAAUACUUUGCUUAAUUUAAUCAUUGAAGAAAUAUGACACAAAAUUUUAUUUAUUCAACACAACUUCAGUAUGUAAACUUAAGGCACAACAUGAUUGAAUAAAGAAUAAAAUGGCUGUUCAAGUUUGAUAAACCUCACCAUUAAAAGGAGUUUUCCUUAACAAUACAAUGAAUUAAUGUAACUCAUAAUAUUAUGGCAUAAUGUGUAAACAAUGGAAAAUACUCCUGAGUACAGGGAUCUAACUUUUUUUGUUCAUAAGUCUGUCAACAACAGCCGUGAGCAUCUGAGAUUGUUGCUGCUGUUGGUGGUGCAUUAGCUACCAUCAUAGAUUUCUGUUGAUCAAGAUAAGAAGCCAGCUUCUUCUCCUCCAAUUCUUCCUGCUUUCGUCGUAUUUCUAACUUUUCUUCUCCCAAUGCCUUCUCGCUUUCAGCUUUCUCUCCCAGAAAUGAGAUUGUUUCAUUGCCACUCCUUCUCUUUUUCUUGAUAUGGUUUUCCUGUUCUCCUUCCUCAACUACGGUCAGCAGAAUAUGUCCCGUAAGUCCUUUUCUUCAUUUUUGGCGUGGGUUUGGCUAUUUUGCCCUGAUUAAGGCUUUUUUUGCGUGGGUUUGGCCUUUUUGACCUUCUCUUUAACCUGACUAUUUACGAAAUAGGUGUCAUAUGUGUUCACUUAUCGAACUGAUGGUUUACCAGAGUUUUUAGAGACUGUCCGAUUUCAGGUUGUGGGGCAAAGUACCUUGUCAUCUUACCUGACCAUCUCGCAGAUGAUCAUCAGUUAGACUACAUACAGCGAAGACAGGAUUUACAAGAGGCAAAACUGCAACCUUAAGUUAAAGUCGUCGUUAAAGAGCGUAAAGCAGAUAAUUUAAGAAAAAACAUAGUACAACCACUUGCUGUUGCUCCAGUGGUGAGAUAUGAGAUGACACGAAUUCACGUACUGAUGUUUAUUUCUUUUCUUGACCUUUUUUCCAUAAACACUGUGAGAACUAAAAUAAAGGUAAGAGUAUUUUACAAAUAAGGUUGUGAAAUUACGGAAAUAUAUACAUUUCAUCCGUUGAAAGUAACAAGACAGAAAGGUAAAAACUUAAGAUUAAAAAACAACGGUAAAUGAUGUCGUGUGUAAACUUAACUUCGUCUAAAAUCUAAAAUCUUGAUUUUACAAUGCAAUCAGCGAUAAAAUCGGUUAAAGGAUAAAACUGCAAAGCGCUUACUUAAAUAAGGAAAUGUAGCGUAAAUAUUUACCUUGGUGAUAUCCUUAAAAUCACUAGAACAAGGAAAACUUCUUGGCUUCUUGAAAUCGAUUGAUAAAAAACUUGCGUCAACUAACCGCAAACACAAAAAAACUUAACCUUUUAAUAACAAAAUUGCGUGACGCUUUCGCGUGUGCCCUAGCUUGCGUUAGAAAGAACUUUCUAAUUAAAUCUAGAAAUUGCGUUAGCGUGCGCGUGAGGAAAACAAAGAUUUCGGAUAAAAAAUAAGUGGAUUAAACGAGGGGCUAAUUGCGGUAGCUACACUCCCACUAAAUUAUUUAUGAUUCUAAAAGGGACGUAACAAUCAUGAAUAAUUUUACUCUGCACAUCAAGCAUUGUCAUUGGAACUUGUCUUAGACCACGCCUUCCAACAGGAACACCACCUUUUGCACUGGUCUUUCGAUGAUGAGAAUUUGUGUCGUGAUGAUGAGAAUUUGUGUCGUUUCCCUUCUUCUGAGGAUUUCUGGAUCCAAGCUUUAUCUUCACAGAACGAACGAGACCUUGUUGAUCUGCUGAAGUAUUCAUUACCUUGCCAUGGGGCCACUGGUUCCGUGGAACCAGUUUCUUGAACAAUUACGAUGUCACCGAUUUUCAGAUUUCUCUUCGGCUGAAACCAUUUUUGUCUCGAAUUCAAGUUGGUGAGGUACUUCUUUCGCCACCUACUCCAAAAUUGUUUUGCCAGAAGCUGUACCUUUCGCCAUUGUUUCCGGGCGUAAAUUUCUUCCUUGACAAAAUUUCCUGGAGGUGGAAGAAGUGUCUUGUUCUUCAUGGUCAGUAGAUGAUUUGGCGUUAGAGGCUCCAAACUCUUUGGAUCGUUCAGGCAUUGAUAGGUCAAUGGUAGGCUGUUGAUUAUAGCCAUGACUUCGUACAAGAAAGUGCGCGGUGAGGACGUGUCGAGUCUUCUCUUGUAGUCGUUGAGAACGGAGUUAAGAAUGCUUCUUGUAGUCCUAAUCUGCCUUUCCCAUAUUCCUCCUCUGUUACUGGAAUACGGGACAUUCAUAACGAAUUCACAAUGAUUGGUUGUCAAAUAUGAUUGGAUCUUGUCGUUAUCCAACUCCUUCAUGGCCUUUGCGAGUUCGUUCCUUGCUCCUACAAAGUUUGAGCCUUGGUCGGACCUUAGCUAUUGGAUGGGUCCUCGAAUUGCUGUGAAGCAUCUUCAGGCGUUGAUGAAGGUAUCGGUUGUCAUGUCAUCUAACCGCUCUAUGUGCACUGCUCGAGGACUCAUGCAGGUGAAUAUCACUGCUUAUCUCUUCAGUUCCUUUCUUCUUUCCUUAACUGUGAACGGCCCAAAGCAAUCCAUGCCACAGUAUAUAAAGGGUGGAGUAGAUUCCACUCUAUCUUCUGGCCUUCUGUUGGUCUUCUCUGUCGUCUGCAUUGU